AUGACUACCACCACGACCGCCAGACCAGCUUUGGCACAGAUAGACAACAACUGUUUGGAUCGGACAGAUUCUCGCGCAGGUAAACAUGUUUUGUCGUUUGGAGGGUCCAAAGAAAUGUCACCAGGACUUCGCCGUGCGCGUGCGUUCAAGCUCAAGCUGCAAUUAGCGUACUACAAGGUGAGCACGAACCAGACAGACGUGCCUUUGGACAAGCUCAAGGUGAUGGAGACAGAUAAACAACAUGGAUCCCCGAUCUCGAAACGCCAUCGCUCGAACGCGUUGGACGAUCUUUUGGCGUCCUCCACGCCUGUGCUGAACCGGAAGCGCAAGGCGGACCAGAUUAGAAAGCGGGCAGUGAGUUUCCUGGACGAUGUUGUGAAAAAGAGAGCCACCACGGCCAACUUGAAGCGGGCCUCUCUCGAAUACAGAAAAGCUUCUUCCUUUAAUACUCUUGCGCAGACGUCUCCGUCCCGGUUUGUCACCUUGUCUGCAGACUCCAACAGGGUCAGACUGCCUCCUGUCCCGAAAAACGCUAUGGAUCCUUCCGAUUCCACCAUAAUGGAGGCUAAUUCCACAUUCAUGACCCCAAUUAAGCCUCAUCUGAACACCAGCAUGUCAGAAUCCUCCAAGAUCUUUUCCUCCGUGUCCAGAUCGGCCCACAUGGAGCCUUCUCCAACAAGACUUAUGUCCACUCCAUCUUCCAUUGGAGCAGCCAGAUGCCUUUUGCAACUGGCCCAUCGAUAG